UGAUUUUCCAUUAUUUUUUUUAUCAAUGGACGUCGGACGAUUAUUUUUGUUUACAUUUUUAAUUGAAUUUGCAAAAUUUUUACUCUAAUUUUGAAGCUUUUUUCGUUUUAGUUCCACUAGAAGUGAAAAUGUAUUACAAAAAUGAAUUGGAUAUGAUGCCUGGGAUCUAUAAAUGUCACGGCGAUUUGAAAUAUUUACGUUUCAAGGUUCGUUUAGAAUGUGUAAAAUCGUCUAUGAUUCCAUUAUCCAGCGUAGAAGAACAAGAAGUUGGUUUGGAUCCUCAAUACAACGAAAGAGAAGAAUUCGAAUUUUCAUGGAACGAGAAAAUUUUCAAUGCAGCAGAAUUCAAAUUAUACAGUGAUUCUGAGAAUUGCCAUACACCGGCGGAGAAAGAAUACCACGAGGAAAUUAUGAAAUUGAAGUCUAGCGGAACUGCUACCCCUAGCAAUCGUUUAUUUACUUACACAUCGAAUGAUAAAGUACCUUGGACUCUGUACAGAAAUAUUUACUAUACAGAAGAUAGUCGUCAAUCAUACAUUGACGAAGAUAAUCUAUCAAUAUCACUUCGACAAUCUAACAACCCAGAGAAACCUAUCGAAUGUGUUACUUUACCAGUAAAGAACAUUGUAGAUUUCAAUCCUUCUGAUGAGUUAAAAAAACGAAAUAGAUCCUUAUUCUCUGGCUAUGAAACUAUGUAUAUCGCUGCAGAUUUAUCAGAUAAAACUACUAGCAGUGAAACUUCAUCAUCGAAAGAAUGUGAACAUUUACUAGUCACUAUGAAAUGGAAUAAAUCAGCUCGCACAUUAACCAUCGUACCAGAUUUCGCCAACUUCAACACUGCUGGAUAUAAAAUCGAUGUAGAUGCAUUGACUGAUACCAGAUAUGUUUAUCGGUAUUGGAUCGUCAAUGUUUCGCAAUCAGAGGAAGCUAAUAGUUUAGGCAAAAUGGAUAAAUUGAGUGCUGAACUAUCUCAUUACCAGUCACCUUUGAAUUUUUCUCUCGAAUUCGAAGUACCUUAUAAAGAUUUUCUGAAUAUAUUUGUGUUCGCUGAAAUUCAGAAAGCUGUCAAGUUCGAAUGUGAUAAUUUAUUCGUUCGAUAUUUCGUUUAUCUGCCUGAAGCCUGGACAGUUGACAAUCCUGAAAUAUUAUCAGGAUCAACGCAACAGUGUAAAUUGAACAGUAAAAAAGCAAUAGCUCAGCUUUCGUAUUUAUUCGAAAUGAAGCUGUCUUUAAUUGUAUCAGAAUUGGAAAAAGAUGAUCAAGAUUCACUAACUCAUUUCAAGGUACCACAUCUGUUUUUCGAAGUUUGUUCGCUAGACAGUUGGAAAAGAUUUCGAGUCGAAGGAUAUACCUGGACACCGUUACCUACUGUACCUGGGCGACAUAAAAUUACGUUGAGUUCGUGGCGACCAGCUCCUCUUUGUCAAAGAGACGAACUGAAAAGAUUCUUUAUUGGUUCAGAUCGUGAAUUAUCAGAUUUCACUUAUCUCAGCGUUCCCUGUAAUUUUGAUGGCACCGUAUUGAGUAAAUAUGGAUUUGAAACUAUAUCCAGUGGUAAUAUCCAUAUCGAAUUAAAUAUCAUCCAUCAAAUUGGCAAAGCUAUUCCUCCGAAAAAAGUUUCUCAUUUGAUGGAUAAAGCAAAAGCUGUACUGUUGAUGAAUAGUGUGAAUCAUAUUCUAGAAGCGUUUAAGAAAGCUCGCGAACGAAUGCUAAUCGCUAGAGAACCUCUUUCUUUACAAACUGAUUAAUUAUAACGUCUUCAACUCGAACAAAGAUGUAAUAUUCCUUGAAAACGCGAAGAAAAUGAAUAAUUUUUGUGAGUCACGACGGAAUUCGAAAAUUCGCGAUGCGAAAAUAUUAUCUAAAAUGAGAAUAAAUUUUUCAGGUGACACUUAUGAAUGGAUAACUUUUACUGAAAGUUGCUGUUUGUUUUUCUCUGGGGAGUUCGUUCCACGUUCUUAACGAGUAUAAAAUGAAAACGCUGGAGUAUUGAUUUUUUUUUGUAAUGAAGUUCUGUCACAUACUGUUCGUUUGAAAUUGAAAUAGUUCAUUUGUAAUGUUAUUGUUUGUUGAUUCGAUAUGUGUCAAUUUUCUGUUACUUUUCUACUUGGAUAGGUAGUAGGUACAGGUACUUCCUACAUGAAAAAUUAUAGAUUAUGUUUGCUUCGUCAAAAUGAAGUGAUCAAUAGUUUUUGAACUUGUAUUAAAAUUACUCUACUGGGUAUGAAAUUGAUUCGCAUCAGUGUUGGCAAAUUAUUUCUCAUUUUUUCUCGAAUGUACCUAUAUAGUCUAUGUUUCAAUAUGCAUCAUGUUCUGAAAUGUAUGUAAUAUAGAAUCAAAAAUUGA